GGAUUUAGACCGUGGUCAUCUUCAACUCAGACUACACUUUCAGGACAUAUACACUAGUCUAAGGAGCCAUGGCAUUUCAGUCAAAUGUGGUCAACUCGCAGCCUGUAGUGGUCACACAGUACACUGUGUCCUCUGGACUGUCAGAUUGGAGUACAGAUGUGUGCGACUGCUGUGAUGACUGUGGCAUUUGUCUUUGUGGAACAUUUAUUCCUUGUAUCCUGGGCUGCAAGGUGGCUCAAGACAGCGGGGAGUGCUGCUGCCUGCCUUUCCUUCCAGGUGUCUCGAUCGCUUUGAGGACAAGCAUCCGCAGCAAAUAUAACAUCAGUGGCUCAGUGUGCGAUGACUGGGUAAUCAUGGUUUGUCUUCCUGCAUGCGGUCUGUGCCAAAUGGCAAGAGAGCAGAAGAUGAGGGGGUGAACGGAUAUGGCGCAGACUAAUUUUCAAAUUACACUGCAAGAUAUUUGAAAUUUUUUUUGGUCUAGAUACUAUUUCAGUAGCUUGUUUGUAAAUUUCAGUCGCUACGGGCUGCCUAAUAAUUGGCUUUAGGUUGCAUUUUGCUUAGCGAUAAUACUGCAUGCUGUUAUUAUACAUUGCAUCUAUGUUAUAGGCUGGAACCAGUAAAAUCUGUCAUGAUAAGUUAAAAAGCAACUCACUGUUUUGAAUUAGAUUUUAUGCAUGAAAGUGGUACAGAAAGGAGAAGUGAACAGUGACUGUAAAAACAACACUGACCUCUCCCUUUGUACCAGUAUUUUAAUGACAGAGCAGAGUUGAAACACAUUAUUUUUGUUAGAAUGCAAUAAUCCCUUAAAUAAUGAUUUUAUUCAUACAACAUAAUUCAAUAAUGCAUUUCAUUUAUAUGUUAAAUAUUCUGUUAAAUGAUGUUUUGUGUAUGUGUUUUACUUAUACUCAUACAAGAAACAGUAUUUCAAUUAAACCAACAGGACAUGU